AUGGCAUCUUACCAGUCGUCGCUGGUAGCAAGCCUGCUACCUGGUCUUCUUUCUUCGGCUGUCUCCCCGUCAAGUUCAUCCACAUUCGCGACUUCUUCUUUCCAUCACCUUUUCGUUGCGCCAUCAAAUUCCACAUCAGAAACUCCUCAUGACCACGAUGGAAAUAAUGGGGGAGGCAUGCAUGAAUGGUCAUCGCUGAUUGGUAUUAUCACGGCGUUAUGCGGCAAUGUUUUGAUUUCAUUAGCUCUCAAUAUCCAACGCUACGCGCACAUUCGGAUCGCAAGAGAAUGGGAACAGGAUAAGAAUCGCAACGGGAAUUUCGGAAACAACGGGACGCCCCUCGGGUCGAGGGGGAGGUCCCAGAAUCAAUAUCGAGACUCUGAGCAGAAUGAUUUCGAACCUUAUCGUGACGAUGAUGGCGACGACACCGAGGGCACAAACAUUGGUACGAUUUCUCGAACCACUAGCACCGGAAGCAAGGAUGGCGCAGACGGUCGCAAAUCCUACCUCAAGUCUCCGUACUGGUGGGUUGGAAUCGUGCUCAUGGUUGUGGGGGAAAUGGGUAAUUUCAUGGCCUACGGCUUUGCACCAGCGUCGAUUGUCUCGCCAUUAGGAGUUGUGGCCUUGAUAUCUAAUUGCAUUAUUGCGCCAUGCUUGCUAAAGGAGCAAUUUCGCAAGCGAGAUCUCUGGGGCGUGCUCGUCUCUAUUGCUGGUGCCGUCGUUGUGGUUCUCAGUGCUAAAUCGUCCGAAGAACAAAUUGGACCUCAUGAAAUUUGGGUGAACAUCACCAGAUGGGAGUUCCUGCUCUAUCUAGCAUUGACCACAUCGUUGAUUAUCGGCCUCAUGUGGGCAAGUCACAAGUAUGGCUCGCGAUCGAUUCUUAUCGACGUUGGACUCGUUGCAUUAUUUGGCGGAUACACGGCUCUUUCGACGAAGGGUGUCUCUUCGCUUCUGUCUGGCACAUUGUGGCAUGUUAUCACAUUCCCUAUUACCUAUCUGCUUGUCUUCGUCCUUGUAUUUAGUGCUUUGAUGCAAGUCCGUUACAUCAAUCGUGCCCUGCAACGCUUCGAUUCCACCCAGGUGAUUCCGACGCAGUUUGUUCUCUUCACUCUCGCUGUCAUCGUCGGAAGUGCGGUCCUUUACCGUGAUUUUGAGUCGAUGACGGCCGAGCGCGGAACUAAAUUUGUUGGUGGAUGUCUGUUGACUUUCCUCGGGGUUUACUUCAUCACGAGCGGCAGAGUCCGCGCUGACGAUGAGUCGUCAUUUUCAUCAGACGAGGAGGGGUCCAUUGGUUUACUCAAUGGUGAGAGGUAUCAUGACAGAAUUGAGUUGUCUCCACCUGCCCAUCAGCCGAAGACAUCACACGUUUCCACAGAAGCACAAUAUGACGUUCCACAGUCCCCAAGGGGCUCCAUAUUGAGCCAAGGCACUGCUGAAGACGAUGAUCAGUCUACACCUAGAGGUAUUCUUUCUGCCGCGCCCUCUUCGCCUCAUGGAUCUUUAACUGGUGCAUCUCCUCUGUCUGCUCCAUCGUUUGACUUCACUUCACCAUUGCGGCCCCCCUCUCGCAUGUCUAACCCAUGGGCAGAUAUCCGCCCUGUUACUCCUCCCGGGCAUGAAGACGAGGCAAUGCAAUCCUCAACAGUUCUUCUGCGUUUCCCUCCUGCACCUGGCCCCGAAGAAGCAACAGGAGCCAAUGGAAAUGUCGGUGCCGUACGACGUGCUUCAACACCCCCGCUUUUAAAUCAGGCCAACCAAUCUAUCCACAAUGAGGCUCCCCCUGAAACAACAUCGCGGCGCGCUUUGCGCAACUCUAUCUCUCAUCGUUUCUCUCCUGGACCUCUGCUUCCCGCACUUUCCGGUGGCUUCAGCGCGGUGGUCGCUGAUUCUAUCCGUCGUGGUGACGGUAGUCCUCUCAAGGAUCGGCCAAGGCGGAGAUUAGGACGUCGGCGCCAACUCGAUGGCGCUUUUGCAGAUACAUCCCUUGAGGGUCAUGGGGAUGCGGCGCUUUCACUUGCAACUGCUCGACUCCAGUCCGCCACCCUAGCGGACAGACCUGCGGAGACUGGAGAUCUCGCGACGGAAAUAAAUAACAUACCAGCACAACACAUCAAGGAGGAUGUGACCCAUCUUCGCAGCCUGAGUGACUCGUGGAAUGGGGGGCUUGCGUGGCUGGGUGGUGCUCUCCGCAAACCCCAGAAAACCCAAAGAGCCGACAGUGUUGCUGUCACUGGAACUCCAACACCAGAGAAUGAGACACAAUCCGAACCACACUACAACAUCGGCGACCAUGACGCCGAGGCUUCCUAG